GUUGCAAUUCACAGCACGUCACAUCAAAGUUACCAAACUGAUAUUAGCUAGUAGAGAUAGCUGAAGCAACCCAUACUUGUGCUAUCGAUCUUUUAAUCCUUUCCGAGCGCUUUAUACGCAAAGGAUGGCUUGCCUUGCCCAUCGGCCCUAUGGAGCAUUCCGAGGAGCUCACGGUCACCAGUCAUGCGUCGCGAGGGUGGCAGGCGUCCCGAGCGUGCCACGCACUAUCUGCCAUGUCGCCGCUGGGUACAAAUCACGCAUUGUAGAGGAGCAGGAGACGCGUGAGUACAAGAUACGGAAGCUUGCUGAAAUCCUGGAGACAUCGACAGACAAAGCUGCAAGCCUCGUCAAGCUGCGCCCUGGACUGCUAGUCGUGCCUAACGGAGAUAUGUCCUUCUACGAGCAGCGCGUUUCCAUGCUUGCCUUUAAGCAUGGAGUUUCGCCCCGCCAAGCAGCCGCGAUGGUCCUGGAGGACCCAUCACUCCUGUUCCACCGCGCGUAAUGCACACGCCUAAUGUGCACAUUUUGACCGGUAGUAUCUUUGCUCGCUUCCGGCGCAGACGUUUGCGAUGUUCCUCGGGCGUGUAUGGCAGUUCGUUGUUAACUGCAGUUAACACGGCAUGGUCCACCGAAUAUCGCCGUCGUCGUAUUGCUUCGGUGCGUUGCCAUUCUAUAUAUGGCUCACUUACAACUGCUUCUGUACUAUAACACCUUACAUAUUGAGCGGCUGGUCUUCUUGUACACUAGGGUUUCCUCAUGUGUACACCUGGACCCGUCGCUCUAGGCGCUCUUCAAAAGGUGGGUGCUACAGGUGCAGCCAUAUGCUGCUAUUGCCUUGGCGCCCUUGUACCGGUUGAUGCCGGCCAGGAUGCAUUGCGGAGACACACACAUCGUGUUGUACAUUCGUAGUGCACGUUUAGUUGCUUGCAGUACGGCAAGCAUACUCUUAACAUUCAAUGCACUGUUUGAAGAAGCGAGAGGUCUCUUCUAUUCCAUGGUAGUUUUGCCGUGUGUUUCGUGCCGGGAGGUUUGCUUGAGGUUGUUUGAUAUAGAGGGUCCUUAUGUAUGCUUUCAUAUUCAGGUCAGUUGCUGUUGCUGCUCUGAUCAGGAGAGUGCGGCGCAUAAGUAGAGUUUGCGGCAUGGCUGGCUGUGUGGAUGGCUGCCCGCGGAAAGAGUAGGUGGCAGCAGGUGCGCCGUAGUAGCAUUUACUACCUGAGGCUGCUGAACUUUUGAAGUGUGUGGGAUGUUGUGUGGGGGAUGCAAAUCUGCUGCAGUCUAUUGUGCAGUCCAAAUGCUCGAAGACUAAAGACGUACCCAAUCGUACUAUCGUACUAGCGCUAAAACGGCUUUGCCAUGCCCUUCUGUGGCACUGUGAGGUGAAGGCACCUAGGUGGAUCUGGGACGAACGGAGGAGGGGAAUUUUAUGGACCCCCGUUGCUGAGACCAAGCUUGCUCCCUUGUCAUGACGGGUCUUGUUUGCCUAACAGCCAAAUCCGAGAGUGCUAAGUUGCAUGUUAUUUGGCGGCAAACGUAUUCAUUCGUUGUAACUGACGGUGUUACUGAUUUGUGCAUGGCUGUGUGUGGAGUGAGGCAAACUAACAGGGAAUCCUUUCCCACGGGGCAUAUAUGGCAUCGGUGCACGGAUGAUUCACAAGUC